AUGUUUCUGAUGAAGAAAGACUAUCAGAUCACCAUGAUAACCAGUCAGGGAAACCAGCGCAAAGACGCCGCCGCCACCGCAACCCGACCGCAACCCGACCGCCGCCGCCGGCGGAAACCGCGCGCUUCACCUGGGACUCGCCCGCUAGCUCCGGGGCCCGCUCCCCCGCUAGCUCCGGGGCCGGCUGGACGCCCCGUGCGGAGUCGUCACCCGGCACACCUGCCCGCCGCAGCCACCGCCAGGCUCAGAGAAGCCGGGGGGCCACAGGCAGACGCCAACUUUCCAAGUUUAAGGAGGCGGCGGCAACUCCUCCUCCCGGGCCGAGAGCGCGGGCGCACCGACGACCCAGGCCGCCCGGGGCCGGGCGAGCGCGGGGAGCUCGGGGAGCGCAGGCCCCGGGCGGGCGGGCUCGCGCCGCAACUCUCGGGCAGCGCGGCCCAAGGCCUCGGAGCGGCGCUCGUCCAUCCCCUCCCUCCUUUCCUUCCCUCCCUCCCUCGCCGCAGCUCCGGGCCUGGCGCGGCGCCGCUCACCUUGGAAACCUGGGGUGGACGUCGCCGUCAACAUGAACUUCCCAUCCAGCCGGCGGCCGCACCGCCGCCGCCGCCGCCGCCACAGCCGCCGCCGCCUCCGUUCUCCCAGCGCCUCGGCCCGAGCCGGCCCGGGCGAGUCGCGUCGUCGUCGUCCCCCGGCCCCCGGCGCGCGCCUCCCGCUCCGGAGCUGGAGACCUCGGGAGCUCGGGGCCGCCACCCGCCCGCUCGACCCUCAAGCCGCUCCGCCCGCGACACUCCGCCCGGAGAAGCCCCUUCCCCACCCCGGCACCGCAGCCUCCUCGCCCAGCGCGCCCGCCCGCUCCGCCAGCUCCGCCCGGCUCCGGCCGGGCCGCUUCAGGAAAGCCCAGGGCGCAGGCGCGGCGAAGGCCUUAAAGAGCCCCGGCCGAGCCUCUACGGCAUAAUGGGUUCGAGCAGGUUAGAGCCCCGGCCGGUUGGCGAAGGCAGAAGCACGGACCGAAGGGAUUGGACCGCGGGCAGCGGCGGAGGCGGGGAGAUCCCUGGUCUGUCCUCCGCCCACUCUCUUUUUUCCAAGCGCACCCUGCCGUCGGCCCUGCGGAGUGCUGACUGUCACCAGCCGCCAGAACCGCCCCGGGGCAGCAGAAGACGCUGGAGCAGCCGCCGCCGCCACCCUCCGCCCCGGGGAGCGGGCACCCCGUGCCUGGGGGCGCGCAGGGCGGACGCGCAGCCUGGCGAAGGCUGGCCCCGAGUUCGACCCUCAGAGAAUCGUGACUCCAAUGGCCCUUGGCCGUGGUCAAACAGGUCUUUUCUCCACCAAUCCUCUGGACGCCCGUGGGGUUUAUUCGGAGUCCGACAGAGGGCAGAAGGUCUGUUUCUUCAUCAGCCAAUUAAAGCUGAGAGUCCAGCCAGGGAGAUGGCUCAGCGGAUAAUAGCACUGGCCGUACAAGCCUGGCAGCCUCCUGCCUUCAGUCGCUGGGACCCACACAGGAAAAGACCGAAGCCAGCCAUGGCAUGCAUCGGUGCUCCCUGCACUUCUGCCACGGGGUGGAGAAGCCCCCAGAAGGCUCACCUGUCAGCCUGCCCGGAGUGCACAGCAGCACAGACAAGAAGGAUUCGGCCCAGACAGGCAGAUACCACGGUGCCCGGUAACCCUACGGUAAAAUGAGCUUCGCUUCUUUGAUGGCCCCGUAUUCUUAAGCACAAGGAGCAACUUGGGAAAGAAACAACUGUCAACAUUGCCACCAACUGGAAUUUAAGGAGGAGGAGUUUUGAGAGGCUCCCCAUUUUCACCAGUGCCCACGUGACCCAUCCUGAAAUGACAUGAAACAUAAACUAUCUACUGAGGUCGGGCUUUUUGAUGUUGAAGAUACCUGUAAAGGUCUGUGUGUAUGAGGAGGGAAGUUCUGAUGUCUUAGCUACCUUUAAGUCACCAUGUUCCUCUGUGGAUGACACCAAUAAACUUGUUGUAGAUGUA